AACCGAAGCAAAACGCCAUCAUUACCGAGCAGACGACAUCACGCAACAAUUCUCUACAAGCAUAUAUUCUCAACGAUAAAAUCGAUUCUUGUCUCUAUCUCAACAUCAGAGCAUCUGCUUAUGAAUUCUACAUCAUGAAGUUCUUCGAGAACAAUUUUACCUACGAUUAUUCUUUUCCCGCAGUUUCUCUAGCCUACUUCCUUCGCUAUCCGAAUCCGUACUCCCGUCAUGUCCUCACCACCGACGUUAUCGACCGUUAUGUCGAUUCUAAGACCCAGCGACUUCACACCACUCGAUUGCAUUUGAAGAAAUCGAAAGUUCCUUCGGGUAUAUUGAAAUUGCUCCCCAAGGGCAUGGGCGGCUCGGACAACUCGGGUCAAAGCUACAUCAUGGAGACGACCGUUGUCGAUCCCAAGGAAGGCUGGAUGCACACGGAAUCACGCAAUAUGGAAUGGACCGGCGUUCUGAGCGUAGUUGAGAAGCAAUUCUUCGAGCGUCAGCCGAUUGAAGGCACUUUGGAGAGCCUCGAGGGGCUUCCUCUUGAUGAUAAGAGGAGCGGCGAGAAGACCACGGUCAAGACGACCGUUAUUUUCAAGUCCCGCCUUGGACAAGGCAAACUGUUGGGCAAUAAGAAGAAGACUGAGUCAAUUGGUGACCAGGCCGGUGAAGCUGAAGAGCAGGCACCGAAACAGGGCUGGUUCUCCUCCCUGUCCACUGCGGGCAUCCAACGCAGCAUUGAGCUCAUUGGUGUCAGCCGGACCAGGGAUGCUGUGCUUAAGAGCAAGCAGGGCAUGAAUGUGGUCCUCGAACGGCUGCGGAAUGGCGGCAUCGUCGGCGUUCUGGAGGGCAUGCGGCAGGAUCGAGAGGCUCUCUAUGGACCCGAAGGCCCGUGGAAGCGAGUUUGGACUAAUGGCAACGGUCUUAAGGAUACUGACGAUGGCAACUGAGCCAAUCAAGAUUGUUGUGGCGUUAUGCGGGUAUGGUACCACAAAUUGUGACAUCUCACCAUGUUUUCAGCGUGGAGCUUUGGCGUUUUACUGAUUGACUUUUUGAUUCUGGUUUACCUCUGAUGGACACUCUCCCAUAUUUUCGACAUCUGUCCAAAUCUUUGAAAAAUUUUUGUUACACCAGCACAUCACGCUGCGGAAUGUGCUGCGAUCACGGAGUACGAGAAAGAGUCACGAGCACAAAAAUACUGUACAUUAGCGGAGGGGGAAGGCACCUCAUGUGUGUGAUGAGGGGCAUUUCUGUACUAUAUCUAUUCUAUUUGAUGAUCUAGCAUUGAACAUGUAUCUUUUUCAACUUCUAUAAAUUUU